AGCUGUAUGAACUCACAACUGUAGACACAAACUAGUAAUCAUGCCAGAGAAAACUGUUCAAGAAUUUAUUGCCGCGCCCUCUUGGCUGACACGCGAAUACGUUCAGCAGAAACUUCGAGCGUAUCUGAAAGAUGCAAAACUGGAGCUAAAAAAACUUCAGAUCAAACCCGCCACUGCCGGUGGUGAGAAUUACGCAAGUGUGAUGACACGCAUAACUGUGGAGUACAUCGACAAGAACCUGUGCCAAGAAACAACCACCUUUAUCGUAAAGACCACAUUCGCUGACAAGGACCCAGCAGCUGAAUUCUUGGAGCAAUAUGGCAUCUAUACCCGUGAAAUGGAUAUGUACGAAGAGGUGUUGCCAAAACUGGCAAUUAUUCUACAACAGGAUCUGGACGAUCACAGAAAGAUGUUUGCCGGCACUGUGUGUGUGGAUCGGGAACGCGACUCCAUUAUGUUCGAGGACAUGUCCUUGGAGAGCUACACUACGGCGGAUCGCAUAAAACAAUUGGACUUGCAACACACACAACUAGUGCUGGAGAAGCUAGCCAAAUUCCAUGCUGCUGGAGCCUUACUCAAUGAGAAAAACCCUGGGAUAUUCGACAAGAAAUAUGAUCGUUGUUUCUUCAAUUCACACACUAGAGCCUACGAGCCCCUAAUGAAAAAUAUGUUAAGGUCACUGAUAGCAUCCAUCGAAGACGAUAAGUUACUCCAUCAACGCUACGCAUCUAAGUUAAACGGACUAAUUGAACAUAUUAUGGAAUAUAGUGAAAGAGCAAUGGAAGUGAAUAAAGAAGACUUUGUCACUCUAUGUCACGGGGAUCUGUGGACUACGAACACAAUGUUCAAUUACGAUGAACAGGGCAAACCCAACAAUGUCAUCUUGAUUGAUUUCCAAUUCAGUGUAUAUAGCUCACCGGCCAUCGAUCUGCACUACUUCUUCAGCACCUCAUUGCAAGACGAUCUAUACCAGUAUCACCAAAUGGAACUUAUCCAGUUCUAUUAUCAGAAGCUUGUGGAGUCCCUAACUAAACUAGGAUUUAGUGGUCAUGUACCUAGUUUAUUCCAGUUCCAACAACAGUUUCAAGCGCGUGCUUUCUAUGAAAUCUUUUCUUCAUUCAUUUUUUUGCCCGCCAUGAUUUGCACUGGCUCGGAGGGGUUCAACAUUGAAAAAGGUAUUUCUCAAUCUGAUAACGAUAUAGCCGUGAGAUCAAAAAUCUAUAAAAAUCCUAUGGUACAAAAGAAACUGCGACGCUUUUUGCCCUUUUUUGAUCAGAGAGGACUGCUGGAUGAGUUGUAAAUUUAAUGUGCAUGAUUGUAUAAUUUUAUUAUUACUUAAAGUUUGGUUUAGAUAUAUAAUAAAAUUGAUGAAAUAUAUAAUAAAAGAUGAAAAUAUGGUUCAUGUAUAAGUCGUGUAGAGAUCACAUGCCAUUAA